AUGAGCCGCUGUUUCCCUACAAGGGCGCCACCACGACCCAGUUCUGGUUCAUGCAGGGCUGAGGGCAUCUCCCGGCUUGGGCCCAGGAGUGGCCUGGUCAUGAUCGGUGCAGGCGCAAAGUUGGCGCCCGAGAGUGGGAACGAAGACGCUGCUCAUCCUUUCUUCUUCGGCUCGGUCUACGUCCAUCAUUCUGAAGGACUGACGGAUCGGAACGUCAACAUUCCCAGUGCUGUAGGUGCGGUGGCCACGCUGUAUUCCACUGAGGCAGUGGUCGCGGGGGAUUUCAAUAUGGCGCCAGAUGAGAUCAUAGUGCCAUUCGUAUGCUACUAUUAG